CUAACAUCCACGGAUGGCGUAAUGCCCUCGUUCUAGGACCCUUUCUAAAUCCCCGACGCGCUGGUAGACUUUGCUGUUUGAGGCUUAGGUCAGGGUAUCACGCAGCUGGGCACCUGCUACUUGCUAGGUGAGCACUGAUGGCUGGUGAUCCGAUGUGUUGCCGCAACACAGGACAGAGGGUCGAGAUGGAUUCCUUAACCGGGCCGGACCGGCACACCACCGAGUAUUAGUUUGCUCGUUGGUGCCUCAAAGAAGCGCUUGGCCGGCCCUUUCCACAAAACCCAAACCAUCUCCUAUUGUUCUUUUCCUGCACAGACCGACCCACGGACUGUGUGACGCAUCUGAUCUCGCCCUGCCCGCCAUAGGCACUUAUUAGGUAGUCCGUACGCUACACCAGCCUCGGCACAGUCCCCCCCCCCCCGUGGACCUCAACCGCCGAGAUGAGGAGCGGAUGGGCACCACUUGUCCUGGCCGCACUGGUCUCGCUGACGGAGGCCUGCGGCGGGCACCACAAACAUGAAGACCGCGUGUGGACGGCAGAGGAGAUUGCCGAGCUCGAAUACAAAUGGGGCAUGGAGUGGCCUUUUGCUGGAAUAGGCAGCUUUGCCCAUCUGAAGCACGUCAAGUGUCUUACAGACCCCACAGAACUGUAUGACAUCGCGAUCGUGGGGGUGCCAUUUGACACCGCCGUGAGCUACAGGCCAGGCGCAAGGUUUGGACCUCGGGCCAUCCGUCAUGCUUCUUCACGACAGACGAGCUUCCGGGGGUUCAACCCGAGGGCUAACAUCAACCCCUACCAGAACUGGGCAAAGAUCAUGGACUGCGGUGACAUACCCACCGUACCAGUCGACAAUGCCGUGGCCCUGCGGCAGAUGACAGAGGCGUUCAUAGAGCUGGGCAGCCGGAGGCCACUGUCCCCCCUGCUGGAGAAGCCCAAGCUUGUCACCCUGGGCGGUGACCACAGCCUCGCGCUGCCCGCGCUGAGGGCGCUCAACAAGAUCUACGGCAGGCCCCUGCGCGUGCUGCAUUUCGACGCCCACCUCGACACCUGGCACCCGGCCAAGUACCCAUCGAGCUGGCUGACGGAGCAGGCGCACUUCAACCACGGGUCCAUGUUCUGGCUGGCCGGGAGCGAGGGCCUUUUGGUCAACGACACGACGCGGCCGUCUGUGCAUGCGGGCCUGCGCACCAGGCUGUCGGGCGACGGGUGGGGCGACUUUGAGGACGACACGGCGCAGAACUGGCUGCGCGUGGUUGCUGAUGACAUCGACGAUCUGGGGACCGCGGGGGUGGUGAAGGCAAUCCUGGACGCCAUCCCACCGGACGACCCUGUCUAUCUGUCUGUGGACAUUGAUGUCCUCGACCCGGCAUUUGCGCCCGGCACCGGGACCCCGGAGCCGGGUGGGUGGACGACGAGGGAGCUGAUCAGGAUCCUGAGGGGCAUCGAGGGCCUCAAUGUUGUCGGUGCUGAUGUUGUCGAGGUUGCGCCCGCUUACCAGGGGCAGGGCGAGGAGACUGCCCUGGCGGCGGCGCAGGUUGUAUAUGAGAUGAUAAGCUCCAUCGUCAAGAGGGGGAUGAAGGAGAUGGGCAAGGAACAUGCAGCCCCAGAGGUGGAGGGGGACAAGUCGGAGGAGGAUGUGAAGGACGAGCUGUGAGGUUGGAGUGCUACGUGUAGCUAUCUACAUCUCUCUGAUCUCGCCAUAGUCUUCUUGGUGGGGUUACGAAUACAUAGUACAGAGUACUCGAGUAUGCGGUGGAGAAGUCUACAGUAGACAUUGCGACCAAGUGAUGGGCAGAUAACGCCGGAGUCGACUGUAGCAAUCAAAAAAUAUGAGCAUUAAAUGCAAGCACAAA